CAGAUAUCAACCUGAAUUCUCCUAACAAAGGUCUGCUGUCCGACUCCCUGACAGAUGUCCCUGUCGACACAGCGUUGGCUGCCCAGACUCCUGCUGUUGAGGGUCUGACCGAGGCUGAGGAGGAGGAGCUUAAGGCUGAGCUUGCAAAGGUGGAAGAGGAAAUUGUCACUCUGCGCCAGGUCCUGGCGGCCAAGGAGAGGCACUGUGCUGAGCUGAAGAGGAAGCUGGGCCUCUCUGCCUUGGAGGGCCUGAAGCAGAACCUGUCUAAGAGCUGGCAUGACGUGCAGGUCUCUAACGCCUAUAUGAAAACUUCUGAGAAACUUGGAGAGUGGAAUGAGAAAGUGACCCAGUCAGACCUCUACAAGAAGACUCAAGAAACUCUCUCUCAGGCGGGACAGAAGACGUCGGCUGCCCUGUCCACCAUGGGCUCCGCCAUUAGCAGAAAGCUCGGGGAUAUGAGAUGGGACGCCAUCGCUGCCGCCCUCUGGGACACCUGCUUUGGCCCCCUGAGCCGUGCUGUGGUGAGCCCGGUGACAGACUCAUCACGCCCCCGGUGGCUGGAGCGCCACGGAGCAAGCCGCGUGUCGGGUUGUGCCCGUUCCUUCCUCGGAAUGCUGGGCUGGGAACAGCAUCUGAGGGAAGCAGCGACUGUCUGCGGUGCCUGAGUUACGCGCUCACAGGAGCGUCCUCUGUCACUUCGGGCGCUACUCCCCUCCGUGUCCUCACUCGCGUUCGAGUGCGUGCGGUGUCGGCGCUGCUGGGAAUGGCUGUGGUGGCGCUGUCCUGGGCCACUGUGGCUCCGUUCCGCGCCUGUUCCUUCGUUACCGCUCCCGCUCCAGGAGCUGGUGUUGGCUGCUCCCCCGUGGCGUGUCGCCUCCGGUCACGUGCUUCACACACGGGGGCCAGCCGGCGGGAGGAGCCGGGUCCCGUCCAGGUGCGCAGAGGGACUGUCCCGUUUGCUGCUGCGCGUCACCUUGGGGCUCUCUGGUUUUAUUCUGCUGUUUUCAGGGGCACGGUGAAGUCUGACACCUCCGGGUCCUCAACGGGUCCGCCAUUGCCUCACCACGUGGUCUCAGGUGGUUUCUGAGGCCACGGCCUGUUAACCUCCCCAGUUUGGAGCUGAGGUUCAGAAUCUACCACUGCUUGAGAAUGAAAACGAGGUCCAGGGAAAUUUAUGUGUAUUUAGACGUCUGCCGCACGUCAGUGUCCUCGAUGGGCCUGUCCAGGAGCAGCCCCGGCCUGAAAGGCUUUUUGCGUGCCCUGGGGCACGAGGCGGCAGGCUGGGGGAGGGCAUUGGAUUUGGGUUCAAGCAGGGAUGGGUCUCUGUCUAGCUUGGUGACUUGUGACAAGGCACCUGCCUUCCCUAAUCCUCAGACUCCUCCUCCUUCCACCUGGAGAUGGCAGGGCCUGCUGCCCACCCACAUGGCCGUGUUGCUUCUGAGAUGACCUCCGUGUUGGGGCUAAGAGGUGGUAGGCCUGGCUGUGUCGUGGAGGACAUGGCUGUGUUGCCCUUGGACACACGUGUUUCUAGGUUGGAAUCUGUCAGCUGUACUGAUGGAGCCGGAGUGCAAGGCGCUCAGCCCUGGGGGUGUCCCAAGGCCUGUUGCAGCGUAUGUGUGUGCUCUGGUCCGGCCGAGGCCCUGUGGAGAAUGCAGGCCAGUCUGUUGACGCAGAGCGUGUCGGCUGAGCCUGGCUGACCUGGGUUCUGGGCACACACGGACCCUGAGGGUGGUGGAGCCUGCCUCAGCACACCUCACACCUCUGCACUGCUCCUCUCUCUGUGGCUUCUUCCUUCUAACUCCAGGCAGGGUCACGGACAUGCAGGUGCCUCGUCUGUGACCCAGGUGGGGUCGUGGAGGGGCCGGUCAUGUGCCUCUCACAGAGUCGGGCCUUGGGGAGAGUGGAGACGGGGUGCAUGUCCUGCUCUCCCUGGUGGUGUGAGGAGUGGGGGUGGUCAUGGGGGUCCCUGCGUGGCCUCCCUUCCCUAACACUACGUUUCUUCUCCUCCUGCUGCCA